AUGUGUUGGUUGCACCGUGAGGGAAAGGGCUUGUUCUUCCAUGACAAGGCAGCCCAGUCGGAUGCUGACUGCAGGGCUGGUCAGAUUGGUCAGAUGCUUACCGACAAAUGGGGUUUGGAGACUGGUUUUGGUGCGGUCGGGUCAGGUGCAGAGCGAGGAGAACCGAUCAAAGGCAGUGACAGCCUGAAAGGGAAAUUCUUGAGGCUGAGAAGAGAAGAAGCAGGAGUACUCAAGAGCCAGUCCCUCACGACGAAUGCCAUUCUAUUCCAUGUGCCCAGCUGCCCUCUUGGAAACCGCCAUCCCACAGAGGCAGACAAUCAGGCAUCAUCGCCUUCAAAUGGCGGUCAGAGAUUCUAUGACACUUUGGACUCAUUCACGCAGAGACACACAGAAAGAGAAUUGAAACUCAAACUCACAGUCCGGGAUGGGCCUGGGUUAUGUACUGCUGUGCUCACUUUUGUCGUUUGA